AUGGGUGUUUGGAGUCGUCUAAGUAUGUUAGUAACAGAAUGGGGCAAUAGAGGCACAUCUGGCAUAGAUAUUGACUUACGACGUGUUGAUAUUGACCAGUGCCCACAAAGAAAUACGCCUGGAACAACACAGCCUUUGAACAUAUUUGCUGGUACCGAUAAAUGCAAGCAACGCACGACCAUGUGCGAAGCAUUGAAAGGAUUGGGCUUCAGACGGGGUUCCUAUAAGUGUAUCUGUCGUAAAGGUUUUUACUUUCCUGACAUAAUAAUAGCACAAAAAUUUUUUAAUGGCAGUUUACUGGAGGAAGAAUAUGAAAAAUUAAUGUUGGGCAAGAACUCAACAUACAACAUAAUUAAUGAGUAUGAAUGUCUACCCUGUGCGGAAGGAUGCGAUUCCUGCGAAGACAGCUCGCCUUGUAUAGCAGCACUUAAUUGGCCAAUGCGUACCAGUAUCCUAGUCUUGGCAUGCACUGUCAUUGGAUUGCUGCCACCAGCAGCUUGGUUCACUUUUCGCUAUCAACAAGUUAAGGUUGUACGUGCGGCGAGUCCAGCUUUGUUGCGUGUAAUUGCCUUGGGCGCCUUUUUCAUUUACUGCACGAACAUUGUGAUGUACCCAAAUCCCAGUCUGUACACGUGUACUGCACGCAUUUGGCUCCGGGAAAUUGGAUUUUCACUAACGUAUGGUGCACUCAUGUUGAAAACGUGGAGAAUUUCUGUUAUUUUUCGCGUACGUUCAGCGAAGGCAGUAAAAAUCACAGAUGCGGCGUUGCUUAAACGCUUAGGAAUUAUUUGCGGAGUCAUUGGUACGUGUUUACUGGUGCGCACCUUGGUUUCACCGCCAGAUGUAGUGGUUGGGCGUACUGCGGAUGACUUAAAAGCAUUUCUUUGCAAAACAGACUGGUGGGACUAUACCUUCACAUCAAUGGAGGUUUUGUUCCUGGCAUGGGGUGUACGCUUGUGCAUUAUGGUACGGAAAGCACCAUCGGAAUUCAAUGAAAGCCGAUUUAUUUCGAUGGCUAUUUACAAUGAAUUUUUGCUGACAUGUUUUCUGAACGUUUCCAUGCUUUUCCUGCAAUCGCCUGCCAAUCCAGAUUUGCUUUACAUCAUAUUUUUCUGUCAUACACAAUUGACUGUGACGCUAUUGUUGGCUUUAAUAUUUGGCAGUAAGGUUUACAUUGUACUACGCAGUGGUAAAUCACAUCAGGAGAAUAUAGCUUUGGGUGCCAAAGCUUCCGGUGCGAAAUUCAAUUUUCGCCCACAAGUUCGUACAUUUGCUAAUCCCAGUUCGGUGACAACAACUACGGCUCCAGUAAUUGGCACUUCAGGUGAAACCAAGCUAUCUGAUCAGGAAGCUCUGGAAGAAAUACGCCAGUUAAGCGUGCAACUGCAGCGCAUACAGGAAAUGGCGCCACCUAAAGGCGUUGCUGUCAUGACAAUUUCAAGUUUAUUAGACGGCUUAAAAACUCCUGGUGGUAUUAUGAUGGUAGCUGCAGCUGCAACACAAGCAAGCACAGCCGGAAAUCAAUUAGUGGUACGUCAAGAACACCAUCAGGUGGCAUUGCCACUAUUAGCGUUAAACACUGAAAUGCAGAAAUACAAUCAACAAAUGCAAGCAGUGAAAAAUAAAAAUGUAAACAACACAAAUAGUAAAUUGAUAACAACAGCUGUCACAAAAUCGAAUGCAGCAACAGUUGCAACACCCACAGUAGUCAUUGCAACUCCUACAAAGGUUAUAGAAUACAAGGUUAUGCAGGAGGAGAAAUCUACAAAUACUCAUUUAAGUGGUGAUAGUUUUCACCUAGAGUCUGCGAUGGCAACUACACAAGGUCAUAUCAUUUGCAAUCGUUGCCUUGAAACUACAAAAGGGCAAUAUUACACUUGCCGUCCACACACACCUCCGAAAGCAUGCCAAUUGCUAGGUUCACCUAAUAAAGAAGGCAGCAUAAGUUUUGCAAAUAUAAAAUUAGAUUGUAUGUGUUCUCAGCCGGAUGAUUUGGAUCAAACACCAAGACGUCGUACCAAUGUGCGCAGUGCUGCCACCAAUACUCCACCUUCAACUAGCAGUAAUCGCAAACAUGGUCCAACGAAAUUUGGCAAUAGAUUUGAGAAUGGUAGUACUUCGAGUCUGCACGAUGCAAGUGAAAUGAAUGUAAACUAUCGUAUUUGUGAUAAUUGUAGAAGUAAAUUUAAUAAGAAAAGUAGUAAGCGUAUUAGUAGUAUAAGAAAUAGUAGUAGAUGUAGUAAGAGUAGUAAAAAAGAAAAACGCAAUAGACUAAUAAGUGAGGGUGAUAAAUCAGCACAAAAACACACCACUAUGACUUUGACUGAGAUCGCUGGUAUAACACAGGCACAUAGCACGGAUUUACUGGAAAGAAAAUCUUCAGUAUUAGAUGAAAAUGUGGUUGUAAGUCAGAAAAAAAUGCGUUCCACCGACGAUAUAGUCUUUUACAGCACCACCGAUGACAGCAGUGAUACACCCGAUAACGAUGAUAAUGAUCACAUAACAGACACAUUUAUUUCUCAGGAAUAUCAGACUACAGUAGAUUGUGAAAUAUUCCCUGAGGGUACAUUAGAUUCAAUUCUUACCAGUGAUAGUACUGACUUAGCAAUGCUGCCAAGUACUAGCUCUAUUACUACAACAAGUGUUAGGAAGCAAGAAUCAGGUGAGAGUGCAGUAGUUAUCCAAACAUCGCUUGGAAAUGUUUCUUCAAACUCAAACAAUUCAAGUCAGGGUGAAGGCAAUAAUGCAAAUAAUAGCAAGACAAAUGGCAAUGGACGCACAAAACGACCGGACAAAUUAAUGCUGGACUUAAAUGAUCGUUCCAAAUAUACGAAAGAAGUGUCGGUUUGAGCCUGUCAAUUUAAAUUGUUUUAGUUACUAAAAUUUCAAU